AUGAGGCAGGCGGGAUGCGCGGCGCUGCUGGCGGCGCUGCUGCUCCUGGCACUGCUGCAGCCGGGGAGCAGCCGCUGGAGCCAGGAGGCGGUGGCAGCCGGGGUCCAGGACCCGAAUCUGCGAUGGAGCCCCGGCACGCGGGGCCAGAGCGGUGGGGCCGGCGCGCUGCUCUUGCUGCUGGCGGAGCGCUUCCCGCACCGCGUGGGGCUGGGUCGAUGGGGAUCCGGGACAGCGGGAGAGCGGCUGCGUCGGGACGACCCCGCGCUGUCCAUUGACCUCACCUUUCACCUGCUGCGGACCCUGCUGGAGCUGGCGCGGACUCAGAGUCAGCGGGAGCGCGCCGAGCAGAACCGAAUUAUAUUCGAUUCGGUGGGCAAGUGA